UCUGACGAACCACCAGUCAACUUGCAGAGCCCAUCACUUCGGCACACCAAAUGUAGCCUCUCUUUCAACGCCUCGUCUUCCUCUGGGCGUUCAUCUAUCCAGAGGCCUUUGUGUGAGCUACCAAAAGAAGCAAAUUAAAAGAGAAGGAGAGGAAGGAAAGAAAAAAGCUAGGGUGACAAGGAGGAAUAGAUGAGAGCAAUGGGAAGAGAAGUAGAGGUGAAGCAUUUCUCUGCUCCUUUGCGUCGUUUUUCUCUUACUAUCUUGUUCUCGGUGCUGCUGGUUUUUAGCUGCUUUGGUGACCUAAGAUGCGGAGCCAAGAAAUUGGCCAAAGAAGAAGUUGAAGCGCUGAAGGUGAUCGCCUCCAAGCUGAGAAAGGAUUGGAACUUCUCGGUGGACCCCUGCAGCGGGGAUGCAGCGUGGCAGGAUCCUACAAGCAACAAAGACGUCGCCAGCAACCUCACCUGUGACUGCAACGCCACCUCGGGUGUCUGUCACGUAACCAGCAUCCUUCUCAAGAGUCAGAACCUGACAGGAUAUCUUCCGGAGGAGUUUGCCAACCUCAGUUUCCUAAGCGUAUUAGAUCUUUCAAGGAACUAUCUAAAUGGAUCCAUUCCCAAAACAUGGGCUUCUCUUCCGCUCGCACACUUGGCUGUUUUGGGAAACAGGGUCUCUGGGAGGAUCCCUAAGGAGCUUGGAGGCAUCAGAACCCUCCAAAACCUGACUUUGGAAGAUAACCAGUUGCAAGGUCCGAUCCCUGCAGCCCUUGGUAACCUGGCCAGCUUAAGUCGCUUGCAUCUCUCUGCUAAUAACUUAAGUGGGGACUUGCAGGACUCGCUUGGCAAGCUCAAGAACCUGGAGGAUUUUAGGAUCGAUGGAAAUCCAAUCACAGGGAAAAUACCUAGCUUCAUUGGGAAUUGGACGAAUCUCCAACGGCUAGACAUGCAAGGAACAUCAAUGGAGGGGCCAUUCCCUUCCAUUUUUAGCACACUGAAAUCUAUAACUGAGCUGAGGGUGUCUGACCUUAAAGGAGGAGAUGGGAAGUUCCCUCCAUUGCAAAACAUGAAAAACAUGAAGGAAUUGGUAUUGAGAAACCUGUCAAUUUCUGGUCAACUUCCCGUUUUUAUUGGAGAUAUGUCCAAGCUUAAAGUCUUAGAUUUAAGCUUUAACAGCUUGACAGGUCCAAUUCCAGGAAGCUUUGAUGGAUUAGCAAAGUCAAUAGAUUACAUGUACCUUACUAGUAACAAGCUAGAUGGAGCAAUACCUGUUUGGAUCUUGAACAGCCGAAAAAACUUGGAUGUUUCUUACAACUCUUUUACAGAAUCUCCACCAGCUAAUUGUUGGCUAGGGAAUGUGAACCUGGUUUCUAGUUUUUCAUCAACGAAUAUUAACUCGAUAGCAUCAUGUUUAAGGAGGAACCUCCCUUGUUCUGGAAAAGCUAAAAACUACAACUUGUUUAUAAAUUGUGGUGGUAGUCAUGUGACUGUUGAUGGCAAUGAAUAUGAAGAUGAUACCUCUCCACAAGGUGCAUCGAGAUCCGUGGAGUCUGAAAGCCGAAAAUGGGCUUACAGCAGUACGGGAGACUUCGUAGGAAAUGGGGAUGCACAAUACAUUGCUAGAAAUGCAUCAAUGUUGAACAUGACAGAUCCAGAGUUGUACAUGACUGCCCGGCUUAACCCUCUGUCCCUUAAAUAUUAUGGUCUCUGCUUACAAAAGGGGCAAUAUACAGUGAAACUUCACUUUGCUGAGAUUAUGUUCACAGAUGACCAAACAUACUUUAGUGUUGGAGAGCGCUUCUUUGAUGUAUCAAUUCAGGGUCAGAAGGUUUUGCAAGACUUUAAUAUUGCAAAAGAAGCAAGGGGGACUGGAAAGAAAAUAAUCAAGGUUUUUAAUGCCUCUGUAGAUGGAACUUUGGAAAUUCACUUUCAGUGGCUUGGCAAAGGCACAAAUGCCAUUCCACAGAGAGGUGUAUAUGGACCUCUUAUUUCAGCCAUUUCAGUAACACCAAAUUUCAAGCCUGAUACCGGUGAAAGCAAGUUAUCUGUAGGAGCUAUCUUCGGCAUUGUCGCUGCUUCUUGCGUUGUAAUCAUGCUGAUCAUAACAUUACUAUGGAUUUGCAUCAGAAGGAAAAAAACUGAAAACAGUGAACUCCGAGGAUUAGAGUUGCAGACCGGUUACUUCACUUUAAAACAGAUUAAAACAGCAACCAAAAAUUUCGAUCCUGAAAAUAAGAUAGGUGAAGGCGGCUUCGGUUCAGUUUACAGGGGGGUGCUGCCAGAUGGUUCUGAAAUUGCUGUGAAGCAGCUUUCUUCCAAGUCUAAACAAGGGAACCGUGAAUUCAUUAAUGAGAUAGGCAUGAUAUCUGCCUUGCAGCACCCAAAUCUUGUUAAGCUUUAUGGGUGUUGUAUGGAAGGAAAUCAAUUAUUGCUAAUAUAUGAAUACAUGGAAAAUAAUAGUCUUGCUCGUGCUCUAUUUGGUCCUCAAGAACACCGGCUGAAAUUGGACUGGCGAACAAGGCGUAAGAUUUGUCUAGGAAUAGCAAGAGGUUUGGCAUUCCUGCAUGAGGAGUCAAGGAUAAAGAUUGUUCACCGAGACAUCAAGGGUACAAAUAUUCUGCUUGACAAAGACCUCGAUGCCAAAAUAUCCGACUUUGGUUUGGCUAGACUUGAUGAAGAAGAGAACACCCACAUCAGCACCAGGAUAGCUGGAACUAUAGGAUAUAUGGCUCCCGAAUAUGCAAUGAGGGGUUACUUGACAGAUAAAGCUGAUGUCUACAGCUUUGGAGUUGUCACAUUGGAGAUUGUCAGUGGAAUGAGCAACACUAAUUAUAGACCUAAGGAGGACUUUGUUUAUCUUCUCGAUUGGGCCUAUGUUUUACAAGAGCAGGGAAGUCUGCUCGAACUGGUCGACACAAACCUUGGCUCAAACUACUCCAAGGAAGAGGCAUUGCAGAUGCUGAAUCUCGCUCUUGUAUGCACCAAUCCAUCUCCCACUCUCAGGCCCACAAUGUCCACUGUGGUGAGCAUGCUAGAUGGGAAAACUCCUGUGAGGGUCCCUGAAGUGAUGCGCUCGAUCUCCAAAACUGAGGAUUUGAGGUUUAAGUCCUUUGAGAAAAUGUCCAAUGCGAGCCAAUCACACAGCAUCUCAGCGGAUGGACCAUGGAUUGAUUCCUCAAUAUCUGCCCAAAGUAGUAAAGGAAGCCCUUCACAUUCCUCAACAAGCAAGCUUCUUUCAGAUCAUACAGAGUAGCUUAUGGUUGAAAGGUUGGGGAUUAGAUAACAUCUCCAUUUCUUAGUUCGAAUGUUCUGAUAAAAAUUACAGGCAGCCACCUUCCUGACAUGAGCAAACAGAUGUAUAUGCGAAGUAACUCAUUUUGUAGUCAGUUUUGAGAAUAGAUCAUGCAGACAUGCACCACGCUUUUCAUCUAUUUCUAUUGUAUUUAAGAACCAAGUGAAUGCUUGGUCUUGUUUGGCUCUC